AUGGGAGGAAUGAUGAGUUAUUUUCGUAACCUUUUUGGUAGUAAGGAACUUCGUAUUUUAAUUCUUGGUCUUGAUGGAGCAGGAAAGACUACUAUACUUUAUAGAUUACAAGUUGGAGAAGUUGUAACAACUAUACCAACAAUUGGAUUUAAUGUAGAACAAGUUACAUAUAAUAAUUUGAAAUUUCAAGUGUGGGAUUUAGGUGGACAAACAUCAAUCCGACCAUAUUGGAGAUGUUAUUAUUCUAAUACUGAUGCAAUAAUUUAUGUUGUUGAUUCAGCAGACAAAGAUCGUAUUGGAAUUUCUAAACAGGAAUUAUUAUCAAUGCUUGAAGAAGAAGAACUAAAAACUGCAGUAUUGAUGGUUUUAGCUAAUAAAUCAGAUAUUCCAGGAGCAUUAUCCGAAGUCGAUGUUUUUAAUGCACUAGGUCUUGAUAAUAUUAAAAAUAGAACUCUACAGAUUUUUAAAACGUCGGCUACCCAAGGAACUGGUCUUGAUGAAGCUAUGCAAUGGUUAGCAAAUACGUUGAAAGGUUCUUCCUAA